GUCGUGGUUUCAAAACGGCUCCUCCAAAAUGCGGCGCAAUCGUGAGCGUCCACUCAUGUAUCCUACAACGCGUCAAAAUCUGAGAGUGACAGAGUAGCCUCAGGGAUUGCGUGGAGGUAGAAGAAGAAGAAGAAGGCGAGGAGGUCCGCGUCGGCGGCGGCGGCGGGGUGACAAAUAUACAGAAGACGGCAAGAGAAAAGGGGAGGACGGGGUGGGUGUGCAAAAAGCUCGCCAUGGCGCAAAAUAGCAGGAGGAAGCCCAACAUACUAGUGACCGGGACUCCGGGGACGGGGAAGACGACCACAUCGUCCCAACUGGCGGAAGCCACCCAGCUCCGCCACAUCAAUGUGAGCGAACUCGUCAAGGAGAAAAAAUUGCAUGACGGCUACGAUCGCGAGACCGACGCUUACGUGAUCAAUGAAGACCUGCUGUGUGAUGAGAUUGAAGAUAUGAUGGAAGAGGGCGGGAACAUUGUGGACUAUCAUGACUGUGAGUUCUUUCCUGAGCGAUGGUUUGAUCGCGUAGUGGUCCUUCAAACUAACAACACCGUGUUGUAUGAUCGCUUGAAGAAUAGGGGUUAUGAGGAGGCAAAACUAAUGAACAAUAUUGAAUGUGAAAUCUUUCAAGUGUUGCUGGAGGAGGCACAAGGAAGUUAUCCUGAGGAUGUUGUGAUGGCAUUGAAGAGUGAUUCGACUGAUGACUUGGCUAGAAAUGUGGAGGCUCUAACAGAUUGGGUGAGGAGCUGGUGCCCCAUGUCAUAAACACUUUGUAUAGGUGCUGCUUCUGCUUCUGCUUCUGCAUCAGUGGUUCCUUUACAAUGUGAAAGUACCUGGAAAGGGCACUAGUCUCUGCCUGGGAAUUUUCUUAUGCAGUGUGAUAUAUUUGAAGCAUUAGUUAGUUUUUUUUUUUUUUUUUUCCCUUCCAUGAAUUUCUCUAGGGAUAUGUUUUGAGCUUUAGUUAAGUAUUUUUCCCCCUCAUCAUAUUUAUCCGAAUAUGAAAAAUUCAACAGGAGAGUAGGGUUGAUACUGGGUGUUUUAGUUGAGCAUGGUGAGGGCAUAAUAAUCUCCAUUCAACAAUUGAGGUGAUCUUCUUGUAUGUGGUCUGGCUUUUGGCUUCUGAACCAAUAGACUUGACUUCUUGCACUUUAGAUCGUAAUAUAGAAGCUUCAUUAUCAAGAUUUGAAGUUUGAAUA